GACGGCGACGAUACGCGCCCUGCAUCGCUUACGCCCAAAUUAGAUCAGUGUAUCUAAACGCGACAAGCUAGUUUUGACGUCUUAUAGAGUGUCUUAGCUUCUUUGGCUAAGUUCAACAUAGAGAAAACGUAUCAUAGGCAGAAUUACUCGAUGAUAUAUAUACUCAACAAAAUGAAGAAAAAUGUGUUUCUCAUAAUGUUCGUGCUUACUUAUGUUCCUGCUUAUAAUAAAUCUGCGUCUUUAAAAGUCGGUGCUAUAUUUCACGCUGGAGAUGAGAAUUAUCAUAAAGCAUUCAUCACAGCUAUUGAAGAUUUAAAGAAAGAUCGUUUAUCUAAAAUUGAACUGGAACCACGAAUUAUCUGGAUAAAUUCUACAAUCGACAGUUUCAAAACAGCUCACGAAGUUUGCAAUUUGGUAACCGAAGGCGUAGCAGGAAUAUUUGGACCAGCCAAUUCCUACACACGUGAUAUCGUUUCGAGCAUAACUGCAAAAUUUUAUAUACCUCAUAUUGAAUACACAUAUCGCCAAACAGAAGAAUCAAAAAUUUGGUCAAAUGAAGUUAAUAUGUAUCCAGAUAAUAAAUACGUUGCUAAGGAUCUCAAAAUGCUGCCUGUGUUCACCAUAUUAAAUGGAACUUACGUGAACAUCACUGGAUUUCAAAUGAUUUCUAGCGAAAAGGUACCGCUGAUUAUAAAUACAAUUGAAGAAGCUGUUAUGUAUGACGCUGUUAAUCACUUCAAAGAGGCUCUGAAUGUCUUAAGUACUAAAGAUCUGGAAAUACAACCGGCUCCAUUGGCUUGUAACGAUACUGAAAAAUAUGAAAUUGGACUUGAAGUUGCAUCUUUACUUCGUGACUUGUCAAGAAAGGGUGAACUCACUGGACACAUAGAAUUCGAUGAAGAAGGCCGACGAACUUUCAAUGCGUCAAUUAUUUCCUUUCAAUUGCAUGAGUACGUUCACACUCAAAACUGGAAUUCACAGGAAGGUCUGACUGUAUUAAAGGAUAGUGAUUCUUCUAAGAAUUAUGCAGACACAAUUUUCUCAUCAAAAAAUUUUAUAGUAAUUACAAAACUGGGAGCACCUUAUGUAAUGGAAGUCAAAGAUGGUUCAACUGGGGAAAAUCAAGUUACGAUUAAAGACAAGAAGUAUGAAGGUUACUGUAUUGAUUUAAUGCACAAAAUUGGAGAGCUUUUAAAAUUUAAGUACACGUUUGAAUUAGUAGAAGACAAGCAAUAUGGGUCAUAUGAUCCGAUAAAAAAAUCAUGGAAUGGUCUUGUUCAGCGGAUAUUAGAUCGUAAAGCUGAUUUGGCAAUUUGUGACCUGACAAUUACAUUUGAACGAAAAAACGCUGUGGAUUUCACAAUGCCAUUUAUGACACUUGGUAUAAGCAUUCUCUUUAGUCAACCAGAAGACAAGGAGCCAAAUUUGUUUUCUUUUUUAUCACCACUAUCUACUGAUGUUUGGAUGUACAUGGCGACCGCGUACUUAGCUGUGUCCCUUAUGCUGCUUUUCCAAGCCAGAAUGGCUCCCGGAGAGUGGGAUAAUCCGCAUCCAUGCAAUUCAGAACCAGAGGAGUUAGAAAACAAUUUUAACUUGAUGAAUUCGAUGUGGCUUACCAUGGGAUCUCUUAUGCAGCAGGGAUCCGAUAUUCUACCUAAGGCUCCUUCCAUCCGCAUGGUUGCUGGAAUGUGGUGGUUUUUCGUCUUAAUCAUGGUAUCUUCAUAUACUGCAAACUUAGCAGCUUUCUUGACUGCUGUAAAAAUGGAUGUCUCAAUUAACAGCGCAGAUGAUCUGGCCAAACAAACUAAAGUUAAAUAUGGUGCUCUUAAGGGUGGCUCCACAUCCAGCUUCUUCGAACAUUCAAAUCACACCACCUAUCAGCGCAUGUGGACAGCAAUGAAUGAUGCAAAACCGUCAGUUUUUACCACAAGUAAUGACGAGGGCGUUGAACGUGUACGAACUGGUAAGCGAGGUUAUGCUUUUCUCAUGGAAUCGACGUCUAUUGAAUACACUGUCCAAAAACAUUGCGGUCUUACACAGGUCGGAGGUUUAUUGGAUAGUAAAGGAUACGGAAUUGCAAUGCCUUUAAAUUCCCCUUAUCGCACGGCAAUUAGUGGAGCAGUUUUAAAACUACAAGAAAGUGGAGAAUUAGGACAGUUAAAAGAACAUUGGUGGAAAAAGGUUGAAGCAGAUCCAGGAUGUAAUACAGAUCGUGGUGGAGGCGGAGGUGCUGAUGCUGACGCUCUAAAAAUGUCUAAUGUUGGUGGUGUUUUUCUUGUUUUAAUGUGCGGAUGUGGCGUCUCUUUUGUAAUUGCCUUAUGCGAAUUUGCAUGGAAUGUACGAAAAGUUGCUGUCGAAGAAAAGGAAAAUUCCGAUGUGCCGUCACACCGCAGUCUGCCUAGCCCCUCCCCGAAUUAAUUGAGCGGUGUCAGGCAAAGUCAGAAGUAACACUUUCACUUCGGAAUCUGCCUAGUUAAAUUUCGAAGUGCCAGUUAGGCUCUGGUAAAGUCCGGAGUAAAAAUAAAAUCCCUCUAAUAGCUUAAUUGGAAAAGCACCUGACCGGAAAUCAGAAGUUUUGUGGUUCGAUUCCCAAUGGAAUGAAGAUGG